AUGGUUCCACCCAUUAAUCUGUCUCGAUGUAUAUUAGGGAUGAAUGACAUCGAGAUGGAGGACCCUACGGAAAGCGACGAGUUCCAUCUUAGUAGGAUCAUAGAUGCUCACAAAGGCGAUGUGAAAUGUAUAACGUCUACAUCGGCCGGAGUACUUAUUUCUGGUGGACGAGAUGAACAUGUCAGAUUUUGGACGAAAAGAGGUGGGGAGUUUUCAGAAACUCUCUCAUUCCCUCAACCGAAAGGAUUAGCGGUAAAUUCAAUAGGUUAUUAUGAAUCUACUGAUGGUUGGCGAUUAUUUGCUGGCCGAAAAGAUGGGUCCAUAGCCGUGUACGGGUCAGGAUCUAGUGAACCGUUGACUGUACUUACCCAACAUUCCUCGAACGUGUGUUGCCUCUAUGUUGAUGAGAAGAACCACAUUCUUCUUAGUGGAUCAUGGGACAAUAAUGUUAUUGUUUGGCCAAUCAAGGAACUUGGUAGCCCAGAAUUUCCAGCUCUGCUUCUCAAUGGGCACAAGCUUUCAGUCUGGGCUUUGGCUGCUAUUGAAUCGUCUCCUGGCUACUACCUCACGGGAAGUGCAGAUAAAACCAUUAAGUUAUGGCGAGAUGAUACCGAAGUCAGAACGUAUACAGGUGUGUUACUUGACUGUCUACUUUAUUCGCGGGAUAUUAGACAAUUGCGCAAAUGCUAUGAAGAGUUACUUCAUGCGAGUGAGCGCGUGAAAUAUGUUUAA